AUGGGGGACUACAACAACACCACGUUUUCUUUCCGAUGUCGGGGCCGCGAAAACUACCAAGACCACUGUACUCACAAUGGUCCAAGUGCCAAAGUUUGGUUCGAGAUCUUUUUGGCAGCAGGGAUCAUCUUUGGGUUUUUUAGCUGUGUUCUGAGGUGGUCUGAACGGCGUCGAAACCAUGUUACGAUCGAAUGGAACCAACACGACGAAGAUAGCACUGAUCUUGGCGCCUCCUAUGACUUUGAUAAUGGUAGCCCCACAAAACGACAACAACGACCCUACUAUCACAUGCACCCCGCUCUUAGUAGAUCGCAAAAGAGCCUCCGAGCCGCCAAGGAUUGGUUGUCCAGCAGACUCUCCUUGCCCUCACAGCAAUCCAUGAAGAGCAAGGAUGAAGUCGUUUCGCAGAAGCGGCCAGAAUCCUCCACCCAAAGCAGCCAAACGUCCUUCUACACAGCACCCAGUCCGGUGACAAUGGAGGCAUCAGAUGGGAGCAUAGCCAACAAUAUCAAUAGCGUGGCAAUCCAAGAAGAAGCGGUGACGAUGCAAGUUGCGGAAGUGGAAGGUGAUGCUAAACAGGAUGCUUCAACAGACAAGCCAAAGGGGCAAAACGAUCAGGAAGCUUCUCCUCCUCCCACGACAUUACUUUCCUGA